UGAGGACCGGCAGGAGUGCGGGCUGCUGGGUGGGAGCGUUGUCGGUCCUGGGCCCUCGGAGGGAGGUGAGACCCAGCAGCCCCUGCCCCAGCAUCUGAGCGCCUCGCCUGGGUGCUGCCCAGUGCCCCUGGUAGAGACAGGUUCCCUCACCUCCCCCCCCCCACCACCAUGGAUCACUCCUCGUUCAGUGGUGCACCUCGCUUCCUAACCCGGCCCAAGGCCUUCGUGGUGUCGGUGGGCAAAGACGCCACGCUGAGCUGCCAGAUCGUGGGCAACCCCACGCCGCAGGUCAGCUGGGAGAAGGACCUGCAGCAGGUGGAGGCGGGCACUCGCUUCCGCCUGGCCCAGGACGGCGACCUGUACCGCCUCACCAUCUUGGACCUGGCGCUGGGUGAUAGCGGGCAGUAUGUAUGCCGUGCGCGCAACGCCAUCGGCGAAGCCUUCGCGGCGGUCGGCCUGCAGGUGGACGCCGAGGCAGCGUGCGCCGAGCAGGCACCCCACUUUCUGCUGCGGCCCACAUCCAUCCGCGUGCGCGAGGGAGCCGAGGCCACCUUCCGCUGCCGCGUGCGCGGUUCGCCGCCGAUGUCUGUGAGCUGGGCCAAGGAUGGGCGGCGCCUGGGCGCGCUGGACGCUCCCCGAGUGCGCGUGGAGGCGAGCGGCGAGGCGAGCGCGCUGCGCAUCCUGGCUGCGCGGCCGCGCGACAGCGGCACUUACACGGUGCACGCGGAGAACCCGCUGGGCGCCGCUAGUGCCGCCGCCGGACUUUCAGUGGACAAGGAAACAGACGCAGACUGCCCACCUGGGGCCUCCACAGCCAUGCUCCUGGCGCACCUGCAGCUGCGGCGCGAGGCCAUGCGCACCGAGGGCGCCCCGGCCUCGCCACGCAGCGCCUGCACGCGCACCUGCACGGUGACUGAGGGCAAGCACGCGCGCCUCAGCUGCUUCGUGACGGGUGAGCCCAAGCCUGAGAUAGUGUGGAAGAAGGAUGGGCAGCUGGUGGCCGAGGGCCGGCGACAUGUGGUGUAUGAGGACGCGCAGGAGAACUUCGUGCUCAAGAUCCUCUUCUGCAAGCAGUCAGACUGUGGCCUCUAUACUUGCACGGCGUCCAACCUCGUGGGCCAGACCUACAGCUCCGUGCUAGUCGUCGUGCGAGAGCCCAAGGUGCCCUUCAGAAAGCGGCUGCGGGACCUGGAGGUGCCAGAGAAAGCGUCGGCCACGUUCCAGUGUGAGGUGCCGCAGCCGCCCAUGGAGACUGCGUGGUAUAAGGAGGAGACGCGGCUGUGGGCCGGUGCCAAGUACCUCAUCGAGGAGGCAGGCGCUGAGCGCCGGCUGACGGUGCUCAACGUCACCUCCGAUGACGAUGCUGUGUACAUCUGCGAGACGGCAGAGGGCAGUCGCACGGUGGCCGAGCUGGCGGUGCAAGGCAACCUCCUUCGAAAGCUCCCGAGGAAGACAGCUGGGCGAGUGGGAGACACGGCCGUGUUCUGUGUGGAGCUGGCCAAGCCAGAGGGCCCCAUCCACUGGCUGUGGAACCAGAAGGAGGUGGUGGCCGGGGGCCGAGUGGCCAUUACUGCCGAAGGCACGUGCCACACGCUGACCGUCUCCCAGUGCAGCCUGGACGAUGCCGGUGAGGUGGCCUUUGUGGCUGGGGGCUGCCGGACAUCCACCCAGUUUUGCGUGUCAGCCCCCAGAAGGCCGCUCCUGCGUGCUCCUGAGGCCCCUGUGGUGAAGGCCAGGACAGAGAGCUCCGUGACCCUUGGCUGGUCGCCACCACCCCAUGGGGACCGCCCUGUUGCUAUCGAUGGCUACCUGGUGGAGAAGAAGCGAGUGGGCACCUACCCCUGGAGCCGGUGCCAUGAAGACGAGUGGGUGGCAGUGCCUGAGCUGACUGUGGCUGGCGUGGCCGAGGAGGGGGAAUUCCAGUUCAGGGUGUCAGCUGUGAACAGCUUUGGCCACAGCCCCUACCUCGAGUUCCCGGGAACUGUACACCUGGCCCCGCAGCUGGCUGUGAAAACACCUCUGAAGGCGGUAGAGGCAGUGGAAGGCGGCGAGGUGACCUUCUCUGUGGACCUCACGACGGCCUCAGCGGGGGAGUGGUUCCUGGACGGGCAGGCCCUGAAGGCCAGCAGCGCGUACGUGAUACACCGUGAUGGCACCCGGCACAGCCUCACCAUUCGCUUGGUGCCCGUCAGCCUGCACGGGGCCGAGCUCAAGUUCGUGGCCAAUGGUAUCGAGAGCAGCAUCCGCAUGGAGGUCCGAGCAGCCCUGGGGCUGACGACCAAGGGUCCGGCAGCAGCAGUGGCAGCACGGGAGGUGCUGGCCCGGCUGCACGAGGAGGCCCAGCUCCUGGCCGAGUUAUCGGACCAGGCUGCAGCUGUGACGUGGCUCAAGGACGGACACGCACUGUCUCCAGGCCCCAAGUAUGAGGUGCAGGCGUCAGCCGGGCAGUGGGCACUGCUAGUGCGGGACGUGAAGCGAGAAGACGCAGGCCUGUAUGAGUGUGUCAGCCACGGGGACCGCAUCACCUACCAACUAUUGGUGCAAGAGCCCAAGGAGGUGUUUGCCAAGGAGCAGCCAGCACGCAGUGAAGUGCAGGCCGUGGCGGGGUCCAGUGCCACGCUGAGCUGCGAGGUGGCCCAGGCCCAGACGGAGGUGACGUGGUACAAGGAUGGAAAGAAGCUGAGUUCGAGCUCGAAAGUGCGUGUGGAGGCCACGGGCCGAGGGCGGCGGCUGGUGGUGCAGCAGGCGGGCAAGGCAGACGCCGGGGAGUACAGCUGCGAGGCCGGGGGCCAGAGGGUCUCCUUCCACCUGGAUGUCACAGAGCCCAAGGAGGUGUUUGCCAAGGAGCAGCCGGCACGCAGUGAAGUGCAGGCCGUGGCGGGGUCCAGUGCCACGCUGAGCUGCGAGGUGGCCCAGGCCCAGACGGAGGUGACGUGGUACAAGGAUGGAAAGAAGCUGAGUUCGAGCUCGAAAGUGCGUGUGGAGGCCACGGGCCGAGGGCGGCGGCUGGUGGUGCAGCAGGCGGGCAAGGCAGACGCCGGGGAGUACAGCUGCGAGGCCGGGGGCCAGAGGGUCUCCUUCCACCUGGAUGUCACAGAGCCCAAGGAGGUGUUUGCCAAGGAGCAGCCGGCACGCAGUGAAGUGCAGGCCGUGGCGGGGUCCAGUGCCACGCUGAGCUGCGAGGUGGCCCAGGCCCAGACGGAGGUGACGUGGUACAAGGAUGGAAAGAAGCUGAGUUCGAGCUCGAAAGUGCGUGUGGAGGCCACGGGCCGAGGGCGGCGGCUGGUGGUGCAGCAGGCGGGCAAGGCAGACGCCGGGGAGUACAGCUGCGAGGUCGGGGGCCAGAGGGUCUCCUUCCACCUGGAUGUCACAGAGCCCAAGGAGGUGUUUGCCAAGGAGCAGCCAGCACGCAGUGAAGUGCAGGCCGUGGCGGGGUCCAGUGCCACGCUGAGCUGCGAGGUGGCCCAGGCCCAGACGGAGGUGACGUGGUACAAGGAUGGAAAGAAGCUGAGUUCGAGCUCGAAAGUGCGUGUGGAGGCCACGGGCCGAGGGCGGCGGCUGGUGGUGCAGCAGGCGGGCAAGGCAGACGCCGGGGAGUACAGCUGCGAGGCCGGGGGCCAGAGGGUCUCCUUCCACCUGGAUGUCACAGAGCCCAAGGAGGUGUUUGCCAAGGAGCAGCCGGCACGCAGUGAAGUGCAGGCCGUGGCGGGGUCCAGUGCCACGCUGAGCUGCGAGGUGGCCCAGGCCCAGACGGAGGUGACGUGGUACAAGGAUGGAAAGAAGCUGAGUUCGAGCUCGAAAGUGCGUGUGGAGGCCACGGGCCGAGGGCGGCGGCUGGUGGUGCAGCAGGCGGGCAAGGCAGACGCCGGGGAGUACAGCUGCGAGGCCGGGGGCCAGAGGGUCUCCUUCCACCUGGAUGUCACAGAGCCCAAGGAGGUGUUUGCCAAGGAGCAGCCAGCACGCAGUGAAGUGCAGGCCGUGGCGGGGUCCAGUGCCACGCUGAGCUGCGAGGUGGCCCAGGCCCAGACGGAGGUGACGUGGUACAAGGAUGGAAAGAAGCUGAGUUCGAGCUCGAAAGUGCGUGUGGAGGCCACGGGCCGAGGGCGGCGGCUGGUGGUGCAGCAGGCGGGCAAGGCAGACGCCGGGGAGUACAGCUGCGAGGCCGGGGGCCAGAGGGUCUCCUUCCACCUGGAUGUCACAGAGCCCAAGGAGGUGUUUGCCAAGGAGCAGCCGGCACGCAGUGAAGUGCAGGCCGUGGCGGGGUCCAGUGCCACGCUGAGCUGCGAGGUGGCCCAGGCCCAGACGGAGGUGACGUGGUACAAGGAUGGAAAGAAGCUGAGUUCGAGCUCGAAAGUGCGUGUGGAGGCCACGGGCCGAGGGCGGCGGCUGGUGGUGCAGCAGGCGGGCAAGGCAGACGCCGGGGAGUACAGCUGCGAGGCCGGGGGCCAGAGGGUCUCCUUCCACCUGGAUGUCACAGAGCCCAAGGAGGUGUUUGCCAAGGAGCAGCCAGCACGCAGUGAAGUGCAGGCCGUGGCGGGGUCCAGUGCCACGCUGAGCUGCGAGGUGGCCCAGGCCCAGACGGAGGUGACGUGGUACAAGGAUGGAAAGAAGCUGAGUUCGAGCUCGAAAGUGCGUGUGGAGGCCACGGGCCGAGGGCGGCGGCUGGUGGUGCAGCAGGCGGGCAAGGCAGACGCCGGGGAGUACAGCUGCGAGGCCGGGGGCCAGAGGGUCUCCUUCCACCUGGAUGUCACAGAGCCCAAGGAGGUGUUUGCCAAGGAGCAGCCGGCACGCAGUGAAGUGCAGGCCGUGGCGGGGUCCAGUGCCACGCUGAGCUGCGAGGUGGCCCAGGCCCAGACGGAGGUGACGUGGUACAAGGAUGGAAAGAAGCUGAGUUCGAGCUCGAAAGUGCGUGUGGAGGCCACGGGCCGAGGGCGGCGGCUGGUGGUGCAGCAGGCGGGCAAGGCAGACGCCGGGGAGUACAGCUGCGAGGCCGGGGGCCAGAGGGUCUCCUUCCACCUGGAUGUCACAGAGCCCAAGGAGGUGUUUGCCAAGGAGCAGCCGGCACGCAGUGAAGUGCAGGCCGUGGCGGGGUCCAGUGCCACGCUGAGCUGCGAGGUGGCCCAGGCCCAGACGGAGGUGACGUGGUACAAGGAUGGAAAGAAGCUGAGUUCGAGCUCGAAAGUGCGUGUGGAGGCCACGGGCCGAGGGCGGCGGCUGGUGGUGCAGCAGGCGGGCAAGGCAGACGCCGGGGAGUACAGCUGCGAGGUCGGGGGCCAGAGGGUCUCCUUCCACCUGGAUGUCACAGAGCCCAAGGAGGUGUUUGCCAAGGAGCAGCCAGCACGCAGUGAAGUGCAGGCCGUGGCGGGGUCCAGUGCCACGCUGAGCUGCGAGGUGGCCCAGGCCCAGACGGAGGUGACGUGGUACAAGGAUGGAAAGAAGCUGAGUUCGAGCUCGAAAGUGCGUGUGGAGGCCACGGGCCGAGGGCGGCGGCUGGUGGUGCAGCAGGCGGGCAAGGCAGACGCCGGGGAGUACAGCUGCGAGGCCGGGGGCCAGAGGGUCUCCUUCCACCUGGAUGUCACAGAGCCCAAGGAGGUGUUUGCCAAGGAGCAGCCAGCACACAGUGAAGUGCAGGCCAUGGCGGGGUCCAGUGCCACGCUGAGCUGCGAGGUGGCCCAGGCCCAGACGGAGGUGACGUGGUACAAGGAUGGAAAGAAGCUGAGUUCGAGCUCGAAAGUGCGUGUGGAGGCCACGGGCCGAGGGCGGCGGCUGGUGGUGCAGCAGGCGGGCAAGGCAGACGCCGGGGAGUACAGCUGCGAGGCCGGGGGCCAGAGGGUCUCCUUCCACCUGGAUGUCACAGAGCCCAAGGAGGUGUUUGCCAAGGAGCAGCCGGCACGCAGUGAAGUGCAGGCCGUGGCGGGGUCCAGUGCCACGCUGAGCUGCGAGGUGGCCCAGGCCCAGACGGAGGUGACGUGGUACAAGGAUGGAAAGAAGCUGAGUUCGAGCUCGAAAGUACGUGUGGAAGCCAAGGGCUGCACCCGGCAGCUGGUGGUGCAGCAGGCAGGGAAGGUGGAUGCUGGAGAGUACAGCUGUGAAGCCAGGGGCCAGAGGGUCUCCUUCCACCUGGAUGUCACAGAGCCCAAGGAGGUGUUUGCCAAGGAGCAGCCGGCACGCAGUGAAGUGCAGGCCGUGGCGGGGGCCAGUGCCAUGCUGAGCUGCGAGGUGGCCCAGGCCCAGACGGAGGCAACGUGGUACAAGAACAGGAAGAAGCUGAGUUCGAGCUCAAAAGUGCGUGUGGAGGCCACGGGCUGCACCCGGAGGCUGGUGGUGCAGCAGGCGGGCAAGGCAGACGCCGGGGAGUACAGCUGCGAGGCCGGGGGCCAGAGGGUCUCCUUCCACCUGGAUGUCACAGAGCCGGAACUUGAGCCCCCGACCCUGGAGAGACCCAGACGCAGGGAACCUCUGGUGGUCAGGGAACACGAGGACAUCGUCCUGACAGCCACGCUGGCCGCACCCUCUGUGGCCGCGGUGACUUGGCUCAAGGAUGGUGUGGAGAUUCGCAGCAGCAAGCGGCACGAGACGGCCAGCCUGGGGGACACCCACACCCUGACCGUGCGUGGCGCGCAGAUCCUGGACAGUGCCGUCUACUGCUGCCGCCUGGGCGCAGAGGAGCAGGACUUCCCGGUGCAAGUGGAAGAGGUGGCUGCCAAGUUCUGCCGUCCCCUGGAGCCCGUGAGCGGGGAGCUGGGCGGCACAGUGAAGCUGGUCUGCGAGCUGAGCCCGGCACAGGCCCAGGUGGUGUGGCGCCGUGGGAACACGCAACUCCGGGCCGGCAAACGCUUCCAGAUGGCGGCUGCGGGACUUCAGCGCUCGCUCACUGUGUCGGACCUGCGGGCGGAAGAUGCGGGGGAGUACGUGUGCGAGAGCCGCGACGACCACACCAGCGCCAUGCUCACCGUGAGCGUCCCCCGCGUGGUCAAGUUCACGUCUGGGCUGAGCGCAGUGGUCGCGGAGGAGGGCUGCGAGGCCACCUUCCAGUGCGUGGUGACUCCCAGCGAUGUGGCGGUGACGUGGUUCCGGGAUGACGUCAAGCUACAGUCCAGCGAGAAGUUUCUCAUAUCGCAGAAGGGUGCCAGCCACAGCCUGACUAUCCUGGGCCUGGCCCUGGAGGAUGCCGGCCAGAUCACCGCGGAGGCUGAGGGCAUCAAGACCGUGGCUGCCCUCCGGGUCCGAGAGGCCCCAGUGUUGUUCAAAAAAAGGCUGGAGCCGCAGACUGUGGAAGAGUGGAGCCCGGUGACCAUGGAGGUGGAGCUGGCGCGGCCACGGCCGGAGGUCAAGUGGACACGCAACGCCGCGGCCCUGGUGGCAGGCGAGAAUGUGGAGAUACACGCCGAGGGCUCAAGUCACCGCUUGGUUCUCCGCAGUGUGGGUUUCGCUGACCGUGGUUUCUACGGCUGCGAGACAGCGGACGAUAAGACGCAGGCCAAGCUGACUGUGGAAAUGCGCCAGGUCCGGCUUGUGCGGGGCCUGCAGACAGUGGAGGUGCAGGAGCAGGGCACAGCCACAAUGGAAGUAGAGCUGUCUCAUGCUGAUGUGGAGGGCAGCUGGACUCGAGAUGGCCUUCGGCUCCAGCCGGGACCCACAUGCCAGCUGGUGGUGCACGGCCCCACCCAUACCCUUACGCUGUCUGGGCUGCAGAGGCAGGACAGUGGCCUGGUUUCCUUCAGGGCGGAGGGCGUGCACACAUCUGCACGGCUGGUGGUCACUGAGCUGCCUGUGAAGUUCAGCCGCCCUCUGCAGGACGUGGUGGCCACGGAAAAGGACAAGGUGGUCCUGGACUGUGAGCUCUCACGCCCCAAUGUGGAUGUGCGCUGGUUGAAGGACGGUGUGGAGCUGCGGGGGAGCAAGACGGUGGGCAUGGGGGCCCAGGGGGCCUGCAGGAGUCUCAUCAUUUACCGAUGUGAGCUUGGGGACCAGGGCGUGUACGUGUGUGAUGCCCACGAUGCUCAGAGCUCGGCCUCCCUGAAGGUGCAAGGCCGAAAUGUCCAGAUCGUGAGGCCUCUGGAGGAUGUGGAAGUGAUGGAGAGGGAGGGUGCCACCUUCUCCUGCGAGGUCUCCCACGAUGAGGUGCCUGCCCAGUGGUUCCGGGAGGGCAGCAAGCUUCGGCCCAGUGACAAUGUGCGGAUCCGCCAGGAAGGAAGGACAUACACUCUCAUCUAUCGGAGGGUCCUGGUGGAAGAUGCAGGGGAAAUCAAAUUUGUAGCACAACGGGCAGAAUCACGAGCCCAGCUCCGAGUAAAAGAGCUGCCAGUAUCCAUCCUGCGCCCGCUGCGGGACAAGAUCGCAAUAGAGAAGCACCGCGGUGUGCUCGAGUGCCAGAUGUCGAGGGCCAGUGCCCAGGUGCGGUGGUUCAAGGGCAGCGUGGAACUGCAGCCUGGGGCCAAGUAUGAGAUGGUCAGUGACGGCCUCUACCGCCAGCUAGUCAUCAACGCCGUCCAGCCUGAGGAUGAGGACACUUAUACCUGUGAUGCUGGCGAUGUUAAGACCAGUGCCCAGUUCUUUGUGGAAGAGAAAUCCAUCACUAUCGUGCGGGGCCUGCAGGAUGUGACGGUGAUGGAGCCCGCCCCUGCCUGGUUCGAGUGUGAGACCUCCAUCCCCUCGGUGCGGCCGCCUAAGUGGCUCCUGGGGAAGACAGUGCUGCAGGCAGGGGCUGACGUGGGAAUGGAACAGGAGGGCACAGUGCACCGGCUGACGCUGCGGCGUACCUGCUCCACCAUGACCGGGCCGGUGCACUUCACCAUUGGCAAAUCACGCUCCACCGCCUGCCUGGUCGUCUCAGACAUUCCCAUGGUGCUCACGCGGCCACUAGAGCCCAAGGUGGGGCGCGAGCUGCAGUCGGUAGUCCUGUCCUGUGACUUCAAGCCAUCCCCCAAGACCGUGCAGUGGUACAAGGAGGAGACACCCCUGGUGCCAUCUGACAAGUUCAAGAUGAGGCUGGAGGGCCACAUGGCAGAGCUGUGCGUCCUGCGGCUCAGCCCCGCGGAUGCUGGUGUCUACCGCUGCCAGGCCGGCAGUGCCCAGAGCAGCGCUGAGGUUACUGUGGAAGUGCGGGAGGUGACGGUGAUGCAGCCACUGCAGGACUUGGAGGUCACGGAGGAGGGCUGUGCCUGCUUCUCCUGCGAGCUGUCCCACGAGGACGAGGAGGUGGAGUGGUCGCUCAAUGGGACGCCACUGUAUAACGACAGCUUACACGAGAUUACCCACGAGGGCCGCCGCCACACGCUGGUGCUGAAGCAGGUCCAACGGGCUGACACGGGCACCGUAUGCGCCUCCUCGCCCAAGGUUAUGGCCUCGGCCCACCUGGAGGUCAAAGGGAAGCCGGUGGUGUUCCUGAAGGCGCUGGACGACGUGUCCGUGGAGGAGUGGGGCACGCUGGCCUUGCGGUGCGAGGUCUCUGACCACCAGGCUCGUGUGGUGUGGCGAAAGGAUGGCAUGGAGUUGGGCCCCAGUGAGAAGUAUGAAUUCCUGUACACAGCGGGCACUCGGGGACUCACGGUGCACAACCUGAGCAGGGACGAUGCUGGCCUGUACACCUGCGACGUGGGCACUGAUGAGACCCGUGCCCAUGUCAGCGUGCACGACCUGCACGUGGGCAUCACCAAGAGGCUGAAGACAGUGGAGGUGACGGAGGGCGAGAGCUGCAGCUUUGAGUGCGUCCUGUCCCAUGAGAACACUAGCGAUGUUGCUGUGUGGAUGGUUGGUGGGAAAACGGUGGGCAGCUCUGGCCGCUUCCGGGCCACACGCCAGGGCCGCAAGUAUACGCUGGCCGUCCGAGAUGCUCUGCUGAGUGACGCCGGGGAGGUGGUCUUCUCUGUGCGGGGCCUCACCUCCAAGGCCUCGCUCAUCGUCAGAGAGAGGCCAGUUGACAUUACGAAGCCACUGGAAGACCAGCGGGCCAUGCUGGGUGAGGAUGUGGUGCUGAGGUGUGAGCUGUCACGGGAGGGGACCCCAGUGCGCUGGCUGAAGGAUGGGAAAGCCAUUCGUAAGAGUCGGAAGUAUGAGCUUCUCAUCGAAGGCACUCGAGCCAUGCUGGUCAUCCAUGCAGCCUCACUCAAAGAUUCUGGCGAGUACACGUGUGAGACGGAGUCUUCCAAAAGCACAGCCAGCCUCCGAGUGGAAGAAAAGCCAAACCGGUUCACAGAGGAGCUGGCUGACCUGCAGGUAGAGGAGAAGGGCACAGCUGUGUUCGCCUGCAAGACGGAGCGCCCCGCGGCCUCAGUGACCUGGCGCAAGGGCCUCACAGAGCUGCAAACCUCGGAGAAGCAUGCUCCCAGCCAGGAGGGCGUGACCUUGAGGCUCACCAUCAGCGCCCUGGAGAAGGCGGACAGUGACACUUACACCUGUGACAUUGGCCAGGCCCAGUCCCAGGCUCGGCUCCUGGUGAAAGGCCAGAAAGUGCUCAUCACGGAGGACCUAAAGGACUUGGAGGUGCAGGAGGGCUCCUCGGCCACCUUCUGCUGCCGUAUCUCCCCUGCCGACUACAAGCCCGUCCACUGGUUCUUGGACAAAACCCUACUGUCUGCCAGCAAACUCAGUGAGAUCAAGGUCCAGCCAGGUGGCUACCAUGUGCUUACCCUGCGGCAGCUGGCCCUCAAGGACUCAGGCACCAUCCAUUUUGAGGCAGGCGACCAGCGGACCUCAGCUGCCUUGCAGGUCAUAGAGAAGCCAGGUGUUUUCUCCCGGGAGCUCACAGAUGCCACAGUCAUGGAGGGGGAAGAUCUGACCCUGGUCUGUGAGACUGCUGCUUUAGACAACCCUGUGUGCUGGACCAAGGACGGGAAGGCCCUGCGGCCGUCGGCCCGGUGCCGUCUGAGCUAUGAGGGCCGCCGAGCCCAACUGGUCAUCACUGACACCACCCUUCAGGACGGUGGGCGCUACAAGUGUGAGGCUGGCGGUGCCUGGAGCAGCUCCGUUGUCAGGGUCCAUGCUCAGCCAGUGCGGUUCGAAGAGGGGCUGAAAGACGUGGAGGUACUGGAGGGUGGUGCUGCCACACUACACUGCAUGCUGUCAUCGGUGGCCAUGCCCGUGGAGUGGCGUCAUGGAGAUGAGGUUGUGCAGCCUGGAGGCAAGUACAGCCUGCGGCAGGAGGGUACCAUGCUGGAACUGCUCAUCCGGGACCUGCGGCCUCAGGACAGCGGGCAGUACUCCUGCUGCUUCAGGGACCAGAUAACAUCAGCCAGGCUAACCGUACAGGCCCUACCUGCUGAGUUCAUAGGAAGACUGAGAAGCAAGGAGGCCACGGAAGGGACCACGGCCACGCUGCGCUGUGAACUGAGCAAGGCAGCCCCUGUGGAGUGGAGGAAGGGGCCUGAGACCCUCAGAGCUGGAGACAGAGUGAGCCUGAGGCAGGAUGGAGCCGUGUGUGAGCUGGAGAUCCGUGGCCUGACCGUGGAGGAUGCUGGGGAGUACUCGUGUGUGUGCGGGCAGGAGAAGACAUCAGCCACGCUCACCGUCAGGGGCCUGCCUGCCAAGUUCACAAAGGGUCUGAGGAAGGAAGAGGCCAUGGAAGGGGCCACGGCCAUGCUGCGCUGUGAGCUGAGCAAGGCAGCCCCUGUGGAGUGGAGGAAGGGGCCCGAGACCCUCAGAGCUGGAGACAGAGUGAGCCUGAGGCAGGACGGAGCCGUGUGUGAGCUGGAGAUCCGUGACCUGGUUGUGGCAGAUGCCGGGGAGUACUUGUGCAUGUGCGGGCAAGAGAGAACAACGGCCAGGCUGACUGUCAGGGCCCUGCCCACCAAAUUCACAAAGGGUCUGAGGAAGGAGGAGGCCACAGAAGGGACCACGGCCACACUGCACUGCGAGCUGAGCAAGACGGCCCCCGUGGAGUGGAGGAAGGGGCCCGAGAUCCUCAGAGCCGGGGACAGAGUGAGCCUGAAGCAGGACGGGGCCGUGUGUGAGCUGGAGAUCCGUGGCCUGGCUGUGGCGGACACUGGGGAGUACUUGUGUGUGUGCGGGCAGGAGAGGACCUCAGCCACGCUCACUGUCAGGGCCCUGCCUGCCAAGUUCACAAAGGGUCUGAAGAAUGAAGAAGCCAUGGAAGGGGCUACAGCCACCCUGCGCUGUGAGCUGAGCAAGGCGGCCCCUGUGGAGUGGAGGAAGGGGCCCAAGACCCUCAAACCUGGGGACAGAGUGAGCCUGAAGCAGGACGGGGCCAAGUGUGAGCUGCAGAUACAUGGCCUGGUUGUGGCGGACUCCGGGGAGUACUCGUGUGUGUGCGGGCAGGAGAGGACUUCUGCCACACUGGCCAUCAGGGCCCUACCUGCUCGGUUCAUCCAAGAUCUGAAGACCAAGGAGGCCACAGAAGGGGCCACUGCCAUACUGCACUGUGAGCUGAGCAAGGAAGCUGCUGUGGAGUGGAAGAAGGGGCCUGAGACCCUCAGAGCUGGAGACAGAGUGAGCCUGAGGCAGGAUGGAACCGUGUGUGAGCUGGAGAUCCGUGGCCUGACCGUGGAGGAUGCUGGGGAGUACUCGUGUGUGUGCGGGCAGGAGAAGACAUCAGCCACGCUCACCGUCAGGGGCCUGCCUGCCAAGUUCACAAAGGGUCUGAGGAAGGAAGAGGCCAUGGAAGGGGCCAUGGUCAUGCUGCACUGUGAACUGAGUAAGACAGCCCCCGUGGAAUGGAGGAAGGGUCCCGAGACCCUCAGAGCCGGGGACAGAGUGAGCCUGAGGCAGGAUGGAGCCGUGUGUGAGCUGGAGAUCCAUGGCCUGACUGUGGAGGAUGCUGGGGAGUACUCGUGUGUGUGCGGGCAGGAAAAGACAUCAGCCACGCUCACUGUCAGGGGCCUGCCUGCCAAGUUCACAAAGGGUCUGAGGAAGGAAGAGGCCAUGGAAGGGGCCACGGCCAUGCUGCACUGUGAGCUGAGCAGGGCAGCCCCUGUGGAGUGGAGGAAGGGGCCCGAGACCCUCAGAGCUGGAGACAGAGUGAGCCUGAGGCAGGAUGGGGCCGUGUGUGAGCUGGAGAUCCAUGGCCUGGUUGUGGCAGAUGCCGGGGAGUACUCAUGCGUGUGUGGUCAGGAAAAAACCUCAGCCACGCUCACUAUCAGGGCUCUACCUACUGAGUUCAUAAGAAGAUUGAGUAGCAAGGAGGCCACGGAAGGCACCACGGCCACGCUGCACUGUGAGCUGAGCAAGGAAGCUGCUGUGGAGUGGAAGAAGGGACCUGAGACCCUCAGAGCUGGAGACAGAGUGAGCCUGAGGCAGGAUGGAGCCGUGUGUGAGCUGGAGAUCCGUGGCCUGACCGUGGAGGAUGCUGGGGAGUACUCGUGUGUGUGUGGGCAGGAGAAGACAUCAGCCACGCUCACCGUCAGGGGCCUGCCUGCCAAGUUCACAAAGGGUCUGAGGAAGGAAGAGGCCAUGGAAGGGGCCACAGCCACGCUGCACUGUGAGCUGAACAAGGCAGCCCCUGUGGAGUGGAGGAAGGGGCCCGAGACCCUCAGAGCCAGGGACAGAGUGAGCCUGAGGCAGGACGGGGCCGUGUGUGAGCUGGAGAUCCGUGACCUGGUUGUGGCAGAUGCCGGGGAGUACUCGUGUGUGUGUGGUCAGGAGAAAACCUCAUCCACACUCACUGUCAGGGCCCUUCCCACCAAGUUCACAAAGGGUCUGAGGAAGAAGGAGGCCAUAGAAGGGGCCACGGCCACACUGCACUGCGAGCUGAGCAAGGCAGCCCCUGUGGAGUGGAGGAAGGGGCCUGAGACCCUCAGAGCUGGAGACAGAGUGAGCAUGAGGCAGGAUGGAACCGUGUGUGAGCUGGAGAUCCGUGGCCUGACCGUGGAGGAUGCUGGGGAGUACUCGUGUGUGUGUGGGCAGGAGAAGACAUCAGCCACGCUCACCGUCAGGGGCCUGCCUGCCAAGUUCACAAAGGGUCUGAGGAAGGAAGAGGCCAUGGAAGGGGCCACAGUCACGCUGCGCUGUGAGCUGAACAAGGCAGCCCCUGUGGAGUGGAGGAAGGGGCCCGAGACCCUCAGAGCCAGGGACAGAGUGAGCCUGAGGCAGGACGGGGCCGUGUGUGAGCUGGAGAUCCGUGACCUGGUUGUGGCAGAUGCCGGGGAGUACUCGUGUGUGUGUGGUCAGGAGAAAACCUCAUCCACACUCACUGUCAGGGCCCUUCCCACCAAGUUCACAAAGGGUCUGAGGAAGAAGGAGGCCAUAGAAGGGGCCAUGGCCACACUGCACUGCGAGCUGAGCAAGGCAGCCCCUGUGGAGUGGAGGAAGGGGCCUGAGACCCUCAGAGCUGGAGACAGAGUGAGCAUGAGGCAGGAUGGAACCGUGUGUGAGCUGGAGAUCCGUGGCCUGACCGUGGAGGAUGCUGGGGAGUACUCGUGUGUGUGUGGGCAGGAGAAGACAUCAGCCACGCUCACCGUCAGGGGCCUUCCUGCCAAGUUCACAAAGGGUCUGAGGAAGGAAGAGGCCACGGAAGGGGCCACGGCCAUGAUGAGCUGUGAGCUGAACAAGGCAGCCCCCGUGGAGUGGAUGAAGGGUCCCGAGACCCUCAGAGCCGGGGACAGAGUGAGCCUGAGGCAGGACGGGGCCGUAUGUGAGCUGGAGAUUCAUGGCCUGGUUAUGGCGGAUGCCGGGGAGUACUCUUGUGUGUGCGGGCAGGAGAGGACCUCUGCCACGCUGACCAUUAAGGCCCCACAGGUGGUGUUCAGGAAGCCACUGCAGAGCCUGCAGGCUGAGGAGGGCACCUCAGCCAGCCUGCGGUGUGAGCUGUCUGAGCCUAGCGCCGCUGUGGUCUGGAGUAAGGGUGGCCUGGAGCUGCAGGCUGACGAGCGCUGGGAGCCACAGCAGCGGGGCCACGUGGCGGAGCUGGUGUUUCGGGACUUGCGCCGGGAGGACACUGGAGAAUACACCUGCACCUGCGGCUCCCAGGCCACCAGUGCCACCCUCACCGUCACAGUUGCACCCGUGAGGUUCCUUCGGGAGCUGCAGGCCCAGGAGGUAGACGAGGGUGCAACGGCACACCUGCGCUGUGAACUGAGCCGGGCAGGUGCCGGCGUGGAGUGGCGCAAGGGCUACCUGCAGCUCUUCCCCUGUGCCAAGUACCAGAUGGUGCUGGAGGGCACAGCCGCUGAGCUGCUGGUGCACGGUGCUGAGCAGGAGGAUGCCGGCCCCUACACCUGCGACACAGGCCACGCACAGAGCACUGCCAGCCUCUCUGUCCGCGCCCCUAGGCCCACGUUUAAGACGGAGCUGCAGAGUGCAGAGCAGGAGGCAGGUGGUAUGGCCCGGCUGUGCUGCCAGCUGAAUGACUCAGAGCCUGGGGCCCCCGUGCUGUGGCUCAAGGAGGGUGUGGAACUGCAAGGGAGUCCCAAGUAUGAGAUGCGAUGCAAGGGGGCCACGUGUGAGCUGCUGAUCCACGGACUUGAGGCCAAGGACACGGGCGAGUACACCUGCAUGGUGGGCAGCCAGAAAACCUUGGCCUCCCUCACAGUCAAAGAGCCUGAGGUGACCAUUGUGCGGGGCCUGGUUGACACCGAGGUGCAGGCCGACGGGGAAGCAGAGUUCAGCUGUGAAGUGUCGCGGGCUGGGUUCGUGGAUGUGGAGUGGCGCCUCCAGGGCCUGCCACUGCAGAGCAGUGAGGUGACAGAAGUGGCCGUGCGGGGGGGCCGCACCCACACACUGCGGCUGAAGAGUGUGACUCCCGAGGAUGCGGGCACUGUCUCCUUCCGCGUGGGCCCCCACACGUCCUCUGCCCAGCUCACCGUCACAGCCCCUGAGGUGACCAUCCUGGAGUCCCUGCAGGAUGUGCAGCUCAGCGAGGGCCAGGACGCCCACUUCCAGUGCCGACUGUCAAGGGCCUUGGGCCAGGAGGCCCACUGGGCCCUGGGAGGGGUGCCCCUGCAGGCCAACGAGAUGAACGACAUCACGGUGGAGCAUGGCACACUCCACUUGCUCACCCUGCACAAGGUGACCCCUGAAGAUGCCGGAACCAUCAGUUUCCAAGUGGGCUCAUGUCGCUCAGAGGCCCAGCUGAAGGUCACAGCCAAGAACACUGUGGUGAGAGGCCUGGAAAACGUGGAGGCACCUGAAGGCGGUGAGGCGCUGUUCGAGUGCCUCCUGUCCCAGCCGGAGGUGGCCGCCCACACCUGGCUGCUGGAUGAUGAGCCGGUGCGCACCUCUGAGAACGCCGAGGUGGUUUACUUUGAGAACGGCCUGCGGCACCUGCUGCUGCUCAAAAACCUGCGGCCUCGAGACAGCUGCCGGGUGACCUUCCUGGCGGGGGACGUGGUGACAUCUGCGUUCCUCACAGUCCGGGGCUGGCGCUUGGAGGUCUUGGAGGCACCCCGGGACGCAGCCGUGCUGGCCGGGGGGCGGGCCAGCUUCAGCUGCACGCUCAGCGAGACAGUGCCGGUGGGUGAGGCGACCUGGUACAUAAACGGAGCCUCGGUGCAGCCUGACGACGCAGACUGGACAGUCACCGCCGAAGGCAGCCACCACACCCUGCUGCUGCACCAGGCCCGGCUGCACCACGCCGGCGAGGUCACCUUCGCCGCCCGUGAUGCCGUGGCCUCUGCGAGGCUCACUGUGCUGGGCCUCCCCGAUCCCCCAGAGGACGCCGAGGUGGUGGGGCGCAGUGGCAGCUCCGUGACACUGUCUUGGGUGGCUCCCACGAAUGACGGCGGAGGCGGUCUCUGUGGCUAUCGGGUAGAGGUGAAGGCGGCGGCCACAGGAGAGUGGCAGCUGUGCCACGAGCUGGUGCCCGGGCCCGAGUGCCUGGUGGAUGGCCUGGUCCCCGGGGAGACCUACCGCUUCCGUGUGGCCGCAGUGGGCGCGGCAGGCGCUGGGGAGCCUGUGUACCUGCCCCAGACAGUGAGGCUUGCAGAGCCCCAGGAGCCCACGCCUGCACCCCCUGCCCCUGAGAGCCGGCAGGUGGCAGCUGGGGAGGACUUGUGUCUGGAGUGUGAGGUGGCCGAGGCUGGUGAGGUCAUCUGGCUGAAGGGAACAGAGCGCAUCCAGCCCAGUGGGCGCUUCCAGCUUCUCAGCCGGGGUCGGCAGCAGACGCUGUUGAUUCGGGACUUCUCAGCGGAGGACCAGGGCGAGUAUCGCUGUGCCCCUGCACGGGACCCUGUCUCUGUGGCGGCUGCUGCCUUCCAGGUGGUGCUGACCCCAGAAUCUGGAGAUGAGGUCCCCACACAGCCCAGCCUGCCCCCUGAGGCGGCCCAGGAAGGCGACCUGCAUCUCCUGUGGGAGGCCCUGGCCCGGAAGCGCCGCAUGAGCCGAGAGCCUACGCUGGACUCCAUCAGCGAGCUGCCCGAGGAGGACGGACGCCCGCAGCGCCUGCGGCAGGAGGUAGAGCAGGAGGCUCCCGACCUCUCUGAGGACUCUUCCACGGCUGACGAGCUGGCACGCACCGGCGAGGCUGACCUCUCACACACCAGCUCUGACGACGAGUCCCGUGCGGGCACUCCUUCCCUGGUGACCUACCUCAAGAAGGCUGGGAGGGCCAGUGCCUCACCACUGGCCAGCAAGGUUGAGGCCCCAGCCGCCCCUUCUGGGAAGCCACAAAAGCAGCAGGAGAAGCCAGCUUCAGUACCCCCACCACCAGGAGACCUGAGCGUUGGGGACUUGGGUGACCUAUCCGUGGACAAGGCAGCAGUGAAGAUCCAGGCUGCUUUCAAGGGUUAUAAGGUCCGGAAGGAGAUACAGCAGCAGGAGGGGCCUGUGUUCUGCCACACGUUUGGGGACACCGUGGCACAGGUGGGAGAUGUCCUGCGUCUGGAGUGUGUAGUGUCCAGCAAGACAGAUGUGCAUGCCCACUGGCUGAAGGACGGUGUGCAGCUGACUGAUGGCCGGCACCACCACAUUGACCAGCUUGGGGAUGGCACCUGCUCUCUGCUGGUCACUAGCCUGGGCCGGGCCGACGCUGGCCACUACACCUGUCAGGUGAGCAACAAGUUUGGCCGUGUGGCCCACAGUGCCUGUGUGGUGGUCAGUGGGAUGGAGAGUGAGACCGAGAGUUCCUCCGGGAGUGAGCUGGAUGACAACUUCCGCCGGGCCGCCCGGCGGCUGCACCGCCUGUUCCGCACCAAGGGCCCAGCAGAGGUUUCAGACAAGGAGAUCUUCAGCACUGACAAGGGCAAGGCAGAGCCCGAGGAGCCUGGGGACUGGCAGACAUACCGCGAAGAUGAACAGUCCAUCUGCAUCCGCUUCGAGACGCUUGCCGAGGCCCGCCGGGCAGCCACCUGCUUCCGGGACAUGUUUGGCACGCUGGACAACAGAGUGGACAUCAGCCUGUCAGAGCAGGGGCUGCAUGGGGUGGAGAUGCGCAUUGGCAAGGGGGCCCCUACCCCUGCAGCGCCUCCGGAGCCAGUACUGGCCGCAGAGGCAGCCCCGGUGUUCCUGACUGAGCUCCAGAAUCAGGAGGUGCUGGAUGGGUACCCCGUGAGCUUUGACUGUGUGGUGACAGGCCAGCCCGUGCCCAGUGUGCGCUGGUUCAAGGACGGGAGGGUGCUGGAGGAGAAUGACCACUACAUGAUCAGUGAGGACCAGCAGGGCGGCCACCAGCUCAUCAUCACAGCUGUGGUGCCAGCAGACAUGGGUGUCUACCGCUGCCUGGCUGAGAACAGCGUGGGUGUGUCCUCUACCAAAGCGGAGCUCCGUGUGGACCUGACCAGCACCGACUACGAAACUGCUGUGGAUGCCACGGAAACCUCGUCCUAUUUCAGCGCCCAAGGCUACCUGUCCAGCUGGGAGCAGGAGGGCACGGAGUCUACCCCAGAGGAGGGGCAGCUGCCGCAGGUCGUGGAGGACCUGAAAGACCUCCAGGUGGCCCCCGGCACGCGUCUGGCCAAGUUCCAGCUCAAGGUGAAAGGCUACCCCACGCCUCGACUGUACUGGUUCAAAGAUGGGCAGCCCCUGACUGCAUCUGCACACAUCUGCAUGACGGACAGGAAGACACUGCACACCCUGGAGAUUGUCUCGGUCACCAGCGAGGAUGCUGGCCAGUACUCGGCCUACAUCAGCAACACCGUGGGUGCUGCUUAUUCGUCUGCUCGGCUGCUGGUCCGAGGCCCCGAUGAACCAGAAGAGAAGCCAGCAUUCGAUGUGCACCAACAGCUGGUGCCACCCCGAUUCCUGGAGAAGUUCACCUCCAAGAAGGUGAAGAAGGGCUCCAGCAUCACCUUCUCAGUGAAGGUUGAAGGAGACCCGCUCCCAGCUGUGCAUUGGCUGCGGGAGGAGGCUGAGCAGGGUGUGCUGUGGAUCGGCUGCCACACGCCGGGCUACACAGUGGCCAGCUCUGCCCAGCAGCACAGCCUGGUCCUUCUGGAUGUGGACCGACAGCACCAGGGCACCUACACCUGCAUCGCCACAAACACUGCUGGCCAAGCCCUCUGUUCCGCAAGCUUGCACGUCUCUGGCUUACCUAAGGAGGCUGGGGCAGCAGAGGAGCAGGCCGGGGUGAAGGAGGCCCUCAUCUCCACCUUCCUGCAGGGGACCCAAGUUGUUUCUGAACAGAUAUCGCAACCUUCAGGUUUCACUGACCUCGCUGGGCAGAGGAAAGGAGAGCUUCCGUCAUCAGAAGCCUGCGGCCACCUGUCCCUGGCUGAGGUGGGCACGGAGGAGUUCCUGAAGAAGCUCACUUCGCAGAUCACAGAGAUGGUGUCGGCCAAGAUCACACAGGCCACGCUGCAGGUGCCUGGAGGUGACAGCGAUGAGGAGUCCAAGACGCCGUCCGCGUCCCCCCGGCAUGGCCGGUCACGCCCCUCUUCCAGCGUCCAGGAGUCAUCCUCAGAGUCCGAGGAUGGAGACUACCGGGGAGAGAUCUUUGACAUCUAUGUGGUCACGGCUGACUACCUACCCCUGGGGGCUGAGCAGGACGCCAUCUCGCUGCGGGAGGGCCAGUAUGUGGAGGUACUGGACUCGGCGCACCCGCUGCGCUGGCUUGUGCGCACCAAACCCACCAAGUCCAGCCUCUCUCGGCAAGGCUGGGUGUCUCCUGCCUACCUGGACAAGCGGCUCAAGCUGUCACCUGAGUGGGGGCCAGCUGAGGCCCCUGAGUUCCCCGGGGAGGCUGUGUCGGAGGAUGAGUACAAGACGAGGCUGAGCUCCAUCAUCCAGGAGCUGCUGAGCUCGGAGCAGGCCUUUGUGGGCAAGCUGCAGUUCCUGCAGAACCACCACAUGCAGUACCUGGACCACUGCCCCCACGUGCCCACGGCCGUGGCCAGCCAGAAAGCAGUCAUCUUCCGAAAUGUGCAGGACAUCAGUCACUUCCAUAGCAGCUUCUCACAGGAGCUGCAUAGCUGUGACACGGAUGACGACGUGGCCAUGUGCUUCAUCAAGAACCAGGCAGCCUUUGAGAAGUAUCUGGAGUUCCUGGUGGGCCGAGUGCAGGCUGAGUCGGUGAUGGUCAGCACGGCCGUGCAGGAGUUCUAUAAGAAAUACACUGAGGAGGUGCUGUCAGCCGCAGAUCCUUCGCAGCCACCCCCGCCGUCCCUGCAGCACUUCCUGGAGCAGCCGGUGGAACGAAUCCAGCAGUACCAGGCCCUCCUCAAGGAGCUGAUCCGCAACAAGGCGCGGAAUGGACAGAACUGUGCACUGCUGGAGCAGGCCUACGCAGUGGUGUCAGCCCUGCCUCAGCGUGCCGAGAACCAGCUGCACGUGUCGCUCAUGGAGAACUACCCAGGCACCCUGGAGGCUCUAGGCGAGCCCAUCCGCCAGGGCCACUUCAUUGUGUGGGAGGGGACACCGGGUGCACGGAUGCCGUGGAAGGGCCACCACCGGCAUGUCUUCCUGUUCCGCCACCACCUGGUGGUCUGCAAGCCCAAGCGGGACUCGCGCACUGACACCUUCAGCUACGUCUUCCGGAACAUGAUGAAGCUGAGCAGCAUCGACCUGAAUGACAAGGUGGAGGGCGAUGACCGUGCCUUCGAGGUUUGGCACGAGCGGGAGGACUCAGUACGCAAGUACCUGCUGCAGGCGCGGACGGUCAUCACCAAGAACUCCUGGGUGAAGGAGAUCUGUGGCAUCCAGCAGCGCCUGGCCCUGCCCGUGUGGCGCCCCCCGGAAUUUGAAGAGGAGCUGGCCGACUGCACGGCUGAGCUGGGCGAAACAGUCAAACUAGCCUGCCGUGUGACGGGCACACCCAAGCCCAUUGUGAGCUGGUACAAAGAUGGGAAGCCAGUGGACGUGGACCCUCAUCACAUCCUCAUUGAAGACCCUGAUGGCUCGUGUGCCCUCAUCCUGGACAACCUGACUGGUGUCGACUCUGGCCAGUACAUGUGCUUUGCAGCCAGUGCUGCUGGCAAUGCCAGCACCCUGGGCAAGAUCUUGGUACAAGUCCCGCCUCGGUUUGUGAACAAGGUCCGGGCAGUGCCCUUUGUGGAAGGAGAAGAUGCCCAGAUCACCUGCACCAUCGAAGGUGUCCCACACCCUCAGAUCAGGUGGUACAAGGAUGGGGCCCUGCUGACCCCUGGGGGCAAAUACCAGACCCUGAGUGAGCCCCGCAGCGGCCUGCUGGUGUUGGAGAUCCGGGCAGCUGGCAAGGAGGACCUGGGCCUCUAUGAGUGUGAGUUGGUGAACCGGCUGGGCUCCAAACGGGGCGGCGCGGAGCUGUUCAUGCAGAGCCCGGCGCUGCAGGCCCGAGAACAGCACCACGUGGAGCAGCUCGCUGCCGUGGAAGUCACUGAGCAGGAGACUAAAGUCCCCAAGAAAACCGUCAUCAUAGAGGAGACGAUUACCACUGUGGUGAAGAGCCCCCGUGGCCGACGCCAGUCCCCCAGCAAGUCUCCCUCCCACUCCUAUCACCCUGCCAGCCUGCCCAAGCCAGGCCUGUUGGCCCCUGAGCUGCUGCCCUCGCCAGGAGCCAGCCAAUCCUGCAGGCCCGAGGCAGAGCCAGGCUGGAGGCCCACUGUGCCCACUCUGUACGUGACGGAGCCCGAGGCCCACGUGUCAGCCCUGCCCGGGGACGCUGGGCCCCAGCCCAAAUGGGUGGAGGUCGAGGAGACCAUUGAAGUUCGGGUGAAGAAGACUGGCUCGACGGGCGCGUCUCUGGCCAGAGAGACGCCUGGCAGCUCGGAGGGGCUUCUCUCCACACUGCCUGGCAGGAUGCCUGGAGGAGACCCCAAUACAAACAACUCCAACAACAAGCUGUUGACCCAGGAGCCCCCAGCCAUGGCCAGUGUAGCCGAGCCCCUAGUCUUCCAUGUGGAAACGGGGCCAGGGACCCCCGAGCUUUCCCCUCCCUGGGCUGCUGAAGAGGAGGCACCCCUGGAGGAGACGGAGGAAAGAGGUACCUACCAGAUAGAAGAGCCCCUGAGUGCCGAUGGUCUUCAGGGCCGGGACCCCAAGAUCCUCACACACAACGGCCGUGCACUCACGCUGGCUGACCUGGAGGAUUACGUGCCCCAGGAAGGGGAGACCUUUGGCUGCAGCGGCCCCAUGCCCAGUGCUUCCGAUGACCCGCCCUGCGAAAUCUCAGUGCUUCAGAGAGAGAUCAGCGAGCCCACCGUGGGGCAGCCCGUCCUGCUCAACGUGGGGCUCCCGCCAGGUUCCCGAACCUCCCCUGGCUUCUUCACACGCACGCCCAGCUCCCGGGAGGCGUUUCCAUCAGGGCCGCAGGACCUUGGCCCCAGGGGCAUCUCCUUCUGCUUUCAGGAGGCCCGGGCUGGAGGUACCAUGUCCCGGAAGCCGUCCUUCUGCACUCAGGUUCAGCGCUCUGUGGACAGUGGCCAGAGCAGCUUCAAAACGGAGGUUUCCACCCAGACUGUCAGCUUUGGGACAGUGGGGGAGACUGUCACCCUGCACAUUUGCCCGGAUGAGGACGUGGACCCUAGCCCCUCCCAGGGCUGAGGCCAGGACCAUCAGGAGCUGGGUGGCUAGGAUUGAGACGAGAGACUCUUGGGGCUGGGACACCCCUGACUAAGCUGCCGUGGUUGCAGGGGGCAGCAGAAAGAGGCAAAUGGCUUUGGGGCCGAGGACCCUGCCUGGCACCAGCCUCAACUCACCUCACAGCUGCCCUGGGUUUUCAACUCAGGAGAGAGUCCCAGAGCUGACACCCCUCGGACACCUGUACUCUGACCCUGCCCUGGCUCUCCAACAACUCAGGACGCCUCCCUCCCCUUCCUCCCUGGGUGCUUCCUACCUCACAGGACUCGGUCUUCAGCUGAGGACAUUGCACACAUCUGUGAUCUCAGAGUGUACCGAAGCUGCUCUGAGAGCACUGGCCGGAGUGACUCGCAGACUGCAGCUCUGGCUUCGGGGGCUCCGGACACAGGGAAGGCACUUGGGCAUCUUUCCUGCUCCGUUCAUGAGGCAGUGGCUGCCACAUGGGCCCUGUCUGCCCCGGCUUAGGCCCCCGUCCCAGUGGCCAGGCCUGGCACAGCCCUGCCUCUCACCCAGGCUGGGGGUUCCAGCCUCCCUCUCGAUAGGGGGCUUCCCCCAAGCCACAUCUUACCCGUGAACGUUUUUUCUUGGCCUCCAGGAGGCCUGUGUGGGGCCCAGCUCUACAGACCCUCCUAGGCCUUUUCUACAGGGCGGACCAGGGUCUCUGUGUGGGAGCAGCCCCCGUCAGUCGGCCCUGAUGAUGCUAAUAAACUGGUUCCUUGCACUGUC